UAAAGCGCUCAAGUCGAACUCUAUUUCCCUGAUGUGUGCAUUGUUGGAGAAUAAAAAGAUUCUGCGCUGCGUUUGGUUGCCUUGUUGAAAACGAGAAACAUCUCUUUGCAAAAAGGACUGAGAUGGGAAACAAUAUGUAGCAUGAUCUAAAAUACCAGCACUGAUGAUACAGCAUGCAAAUCAGGUUUGAUAGUAAGUCGAGAGGUUUUGCUUUAUAUGAUCUCGUUGUUCGUUCUGUGUAUAAACCCAUCCGUGCAUAGAUAGAGUAACAGACUGAAUAAUGCAAAAGGUUUAAUCUGUAGCAAUUGUCAAAUUGUUAAAUACUGUAUGCCCUUAAGAAUAUACUGUAAGCACGUUCUUUGUGAGUCCUAACUAAACAAAAUGUAUCUUUAUUUUCACUGCGGGAUUUAAAGAAAUACGUUGUGGCAUAUGUAUAUUUUUCUUCUUCAUUGUCAUGGUAAAUUAAAUCGACACCAUUUACCUCGGAUCUAAAACACAGUUAAAGUAUUGACAACCAUACGAAUCCUUAGGGGUUUAACAAGUACAAUAUCCUCCAUGUAUGGGCAGGUAAAAGUUCCACAUUAGAACUUGUGGGAGGUGACUUAUCAGACGGAGAGACUUCGCCGGAACAUUCACCUGAAAAAAAAAAAAAAAAAUAAAAUAAAUAAAUAAAUAAAAAACUGGUUUUACUCAAGUCAGACCGAAGGCAGUGAUUUUGUUACAUCGCCGUGUUUUCACAAUGAAGAGGAUACAGAAACGUGUUCUGCAGAUGACUUUUGUGUUCAUGGUUGCUUUGAUUUUCUUGCCAAAUAUUGGCCUGUGGUCCCUUUACAAAGAGAAACACUUGAUAAAGUCAUCCGAGGCUGGAGAACAGGAAUUUCCUUUAGGCUUGAGUGAAGGACACAUUUACACAUGGACUGAUGGCUUAAGAAGAAAAGAUUGGCAUGAUUAUGAAAGCAUCAGAAAAGAUGAAAUGCGUGCAGGUAAGGGAGAACAUGGGAAGCCUUACCCACUUACAGAAGAAGAAUGUGACGACUCUGCAUACAGGGAGAAUGGCUUUAACAUCUAUGUUAGCAACAACAUUGCCUUGGACCGCUCUCUACCAGAUAUCAGACAUCCAAACUGUAAGCAUAAGCUGUAUUUGGAAAAUCUACCAAACACCAGCAUCAUCAUCCCUUUCCACAAUGAAGGCUGGUCCUCACUGCUGCGGACAAUACACAGUGUUACUCAUAGAACUCCUGAUCACCUGAUUGCAGAAAUUAUCCUUGUGGAUGACUUCAGUGAAAGAGCAGUAGGCAGCUCAUGGGAUAAGCGGAGUGUGGAGGACAGUCAGGGCUGGGGAUGGGAGGAGCGAGCAGGGCAGGGGAUGAUAGGACAGAAGGAGUCAGAAGUUGGGGUAAAAGAAGAAGAAAGAGUCAUGGUGGCUAAGUCUGAUAGCUGGUAG